AUGGCUGCGCGGUUGUGGGGAGCUCAUCAGCGACGAACAGCGGCAGAGUACGAGAACACCCGAUCGCGUCCUCUUUCACAGACCGACUCUGUGAGUAGCUCCGAGAGAGACAGCCCCCGGAACCCUCGGGGUGGUGUCUUUUACCAGCUCCUCAAGUCGUACCGCAACCCUAGCGACAGCUCCAACAUCAAUGAUAGUUCUUCGACAAAGAUUGGUACCGCAGACUCGUCAGGCGCCACGACGCCGACACGGCGGAAAUGGUACAACGACCCGGACAAGGGAUCCCAGGAGACACUGUCAAUGCUUGUAGGGGCUUCGAGGAAGUUGGCCAACCCGCACGAGACGAAAAACUCGUUACCUGAGCCGAAGGCGCUGCGCAGGCGACCAGGACACAAGAGGACAACAAGCGGACGUAUCAUGUCGAGCGCUGAGAUUCGUGAGGGAGACGAACACAAGAUCCAGAUGCAGAUCGCCGAUAUUCUUCAGCGGCAGCGCUAUAUCACGAAGAUGUGUCGGGCCCUGUUACUUUUUGGAGCACCUGGGCACCGACUCGAAGAGCAUUUGAGGACGACAGCGAGGUGGCUCGAGGUUGACAGUCAGUACCUGUACGUGCCGGACUGCAUGAUCAUUUCGUUCGACGACAACCUCACCCACACGACCAGGAUGAAGAUUGUGCGAGAGGUACAGGGCGUCAACCUGGCCAAACUCAAGGCCACCCACGAGAUCUACAAGGAAGUUCUCCACGAUGUCAUUGCGCUGGACGAGGCUCUCGAGCGGCUCGAGCAUCUGGUCUCGGCACCCGUGGAAUGGCCUGCCUGGCUCCGCAUCAUCAUGUAUGGGCUGGCCAGUGCUUGCAUCUCUGUGUCCUUCAGUUCGAGAUUCAUCGACAUACCGGUCAUUUUUGUACUCGGAACUCUCCUUGGCUUCGGUCAAGUGUGGGUCGUGCCCAAGUCAAGGACUUUUGCCGUCGUCUUUGAGGUGCUUGCAACCACAGUCUUCGCUUUUGCAGCACGAGGACUCGGGAGCAUUGCAGAUGGUGGGCUAUUCUGCUUCUCGGCAAUGACGCAGAGUUCGAUUGCCUUGAUUCUGCCCGGUGUGCUUGUCCUUAACUCGGCUCUCGAGCUGCAAUCGAAGGCGAUCGUGCCCGGCUCAAUCCGCAUAGUCUACGCCAUCAUCUAUUCGUUGUUUCUAGGCUAUGGCAUAACGGUUGGCGCCACCCUCUACGGCUACGUGGACCCGCACGCGAAUUUGGAUUCUACGUGCCGCAAUCCAGCGAACCAAUACUGGGGCUUUCUCUUUGUGCCGCUUUUCAUCCUGUUUGCCACCUUCAUUAACAACGCCAAGCUCAAACAGAUGCCUCUAAUGGUGCUUGUGGGAACAGUCGGUUAUGUGGUGAACUUCUAUACAAGCAAGAAAUUUGCGGAGAGUCUGCCGAUCGCGUAUGCGCUGGGUGCGUUUACUGUGGGACUCUUGGCGAACGCUUACAGCCGUUUCGCGCAUGGCGUUGCAGCCACAGUACUGUUACCAGCGGUAUUCGUGCAAGUCCCCGGCGGACUGGCGACCAGUGGCGCGAUCACGGCCGGGCUGCAGACUGCGACUGCAUUGAACGACAGCGAUCCGAACAAUUCAAACGACUCACAGCUGAAUACCAUUGUCUUCAGUCUUGCUGCGAACAUGAUUCAGAUCUCAAUUGGCCUGUCCGUUGGCCUUUCGUUGGCCAACCUUGUUGUGUACCCCCUGGGCAAGCGCCGGAGCGCACUGUGGUCACUGUAG